CCUCUUUCCAUAGAGGCAAUUGCUCUUGGAUCCUUCUGUUUACAAUGGCGCAGAGAAGUGGACUUGAAGAUCCAGAGAGGUAUCUCUUUGUGGACAGGGCUGUCAUCUACAACCCUGCCACACAGGCUGAUUGGACGGCGAAAAAGCUAGUGUGGAUUCCAUCAGAACGCCAUGGUUUUGAGGCAGCUAGUAUCAAAGAAGAGCGGGGAGAUGAAGUUAUGGUGGAGUUGGCAGAGAAUGGAAAGAAAGCAAUGGUCAACAAAGAUGAUAUUCAGAAGAUGAACCCACCUAAGUUUUCCAAGGUGGAGGAUAUGGCAGAAUUGACAUGCUUGAAUGAAGCUUCUGUUUUACAUAAUCUGAAGGAUCGUUACUAUUCAGGACUUAUCUAUACUUAUUCUGGACUCUUCUGUGUAGUCAUAAAUCCUUACAAGAAUCUUCCAAUUUACUCUGAGAAUAUUAUUGAAAUGUACAGAGGGAAGAAACGUCACGAGAUGCCUCCACACAUCUAUGCUAUAUCUGAGUCUGCUUACAGAUGCAUGCUUCAAGAUCGUGAGGACCAGUCAAUUCUUUGCACGGGCGAGUCGGGUGCCGGGAAGACGGAGAACACUAAGAAGGUCAUCCAGUACCUUGCUCAUGUCGCUUCCUCACACAAAGGACGCAAGGACCAUAAUAUUCCUGGGGAACUUGAACGGCAACUUUUGCAAGCCAAUCCAAUUCUGGAAUCGUUUGGAAAUGCGAAGACUGUGAAAAAUGAUAACUCAUCUCGUUUUGGCAAAUUUAUUCGGAUCAACUUUGAUGUAACUGGCUAUAUUGUUGGGGCCAACAUUGAAACAUACCUUCUGGAAAAAUCUCGUGCUGUUCGCCAAGCAAAAGAUGAGCGUACUUUUCAUAUCUUUUACCAGCUGCUAUCUGGAGCAGGAGAACACCUAAAGUCUGACUUGCUGCUUGAAGGAUUUAACAACUACAGAUUUCUCUCCAACGGUUAUAUUCCCAUUCCGGGACAGCAAGACAAAGAUAACUUCCAGGAGACAAUGGAAGCGAUGCAUAUAAUGGGCUUCUCCCAUGAAGAGAUUCUGUCUAUGCUUAAAGUAGUGUCUUCAGUGCUUCAGUUUGGAAACAUUUCUUUCAAAAAGGAGCGAAACACUGAUCAAGCUUCCAUGCCGGAAAAUACAGUUGCCCAGAAGCUGUGCCAUCUUCUUGGGAUGAAUGUGAUGGAGUUCACUCGGGCCAUCCUUACCCCCCGCAUCAAGGUCGGCCGAGACUACGUGCAGAAAGCCCAGACCAAAGAACAAGCGGACUUUGCAGUGGAAGCAUUGGCAAAAGCUACCUACGAGCGGCUCUUUCGUUGGCUCGUUCACCGGAUCAAUAAAGCUCUGGAUAGGACCAAGCGUCAGGGAGCAUCUUUCAUUGGAAUCCUGGACAUUGCUGGAUUUGAAAUUUUUGAGCUGAACUCCUUCGAGCAGCUGUGCAUCAACUACACGAACGAGAAGCUGCAGCAGCUGUUCAACCACACCAUGUUCAUCCUGGAGCAGGAGGAGUACCAGCGCGAGGGCAUCGAGUGGAACUUCAUCGACUUCGGGCUCGACCUGCAGCCGUGCAUCGACCUGAUAGAGAGGCCUGCCAACCCUCCCGGUGUGCUUGCCCUUUUGGAUGAGGAGUGCUGGUUCCCGAAAGCCACAGAUAAAACCUUUGUUGAAAAACUAGUUCAAGAGCAAGGUUCCCACUCCAAGUUCCAGAAACCCCGGCAGCUGAAAGACAAAGCUGACUUUUGCAUCAUACACUAUGCAGGGAAGGUGGACUACAAGGCGGACGAGUGGCUGAUGAAGAACAUGGACCCCCUGAACGACAACGUGGCCACGCUGCUGCACCAGUCCUCGGACAGAUUUGUGGCCGAGCUCUGGAAGGAUGUGGACCGGAUUGUGGGCCUGGAUCAAGUCACUGGGAUGACGGAGACAGCUUUUGGCUCUGCCUAUAAAACCAAGAAGGGCAUGUUUCGAACCGUCGGCCAGCUCUACAAAGAGUCUCUCACCAAGCUGAUGGCGACUCUCCGCAACACCAACCCCAACUUCGUUCGCUGCAUCAUUCCAAACCACGAGAAGCGGGCUGGGAAACUGGACCCGCACCUCGUGCUGGACCAGCUGCGCUGCAACGGUGUGCUGGAAGGCAUCCGCAUCUGCCGCCAGGGCUUCCCCAACCGGAUCGUGUUCCAGGAGUUCCGGCAGAGAUACGAGAUCCUCACUCCAAAUGCUAUUCCUAAAGGCUUUAUGGAUGGCAAACAGGCUUGUGAACGAAUGAUCCGGGCUUUAGAAUUAGACCCAAACUUGUACAGAAUUGGACAGAGCAAGAUAUUUUUCCGAGCUGGAGUUUUGGCACAUUUAGAGGAAGAACGGGAUUUAAAAAUUACCGACAUCAUUAUCUUCUUCCAGGCCGUUUGCAGAGGUUACCUAGCGAGAAAGGCCUUUGCCAAGAAGCAGCAGCAGCUCAGCGCCCUGAAGGUCCUGCAGCGGAACUGCGCCGCGUACCUGAAGCUGCGGCACUGGCAGUGGUGGCGCGUCUUCACGAAGGUGAAGCCGCUCCUGCAAGUCACUCGCCAAGAGGAAGAACUUCAGGCCAAAGAUGAAGAGCUGCUGAAGGUGAAGGAGAAGCAGACCAAGGUGGAAGGGGAGCUGGAGGAGAUGGAGAGGAAGCACCAGCAGGCUCGUGCCACGGCAGAGGCUGGGGGCGACGACGAGACGCUCCACAAGAACAACGCCCUGAAGGUGGUGCGGGAGCUGCAAGCCCAGAUCGCCGAGCUUCAGGAGGACUUUGAAUCGGAGAAGGCUUCGCGGAACAAGGCAGAGAAGCAGAAACGGGACCUGAGUGAGGAGCUGGAGGCUCUGAAAACAGAGCUGGAGGACACGCUGGACACCACCGCCGCCCAGCAGGAGCUUCGGUUCAAAGCAAAUCUGGAGAAGAACAAGCAGGGCCUGGAGACAGACAACAAGGAGCUGGCGUGUGAGGUGAAGGUGCUGCAGCAGGUCAAGGCCGAGUCUGAGCACAAGAGGAAGAAACUGGAUGCCCAGGUCCAGGAGCUCCACGCCAAGGUCUCCGAGGGGGACCGGCUCCGCGUGGAACUGGCCGAGAAAGCGAACAAACUGCAGAAUGAACUGGAUAAUGUCUCCUCUCUCCUGGAAGAAGCGGAGAAGAAGGGCAUUAAAUUUUCUAAGGAUGCAGCUAGUCUUGAGUCUCAACUGCAGGACACACAGGAGCUUCUUCAGGAAGAAACACGCCAGAAGCUGAACCUCAGCAGCCGGAUUCGGCAGCUGGAGGAGGAGAAGAACAGCCUGCAGGAGCAGCAGGAGGAGGAGGAGGAGGCCAGGAAGAACCUGGAGAAGCAAGUGCUGGCCCUGCAGUCCCAGCUGACUGACACAAAGAAGAAAGUAGACGAUGACUUGGGAACAAUUGAAAGUUUGGAAGAAGCCAAAAAGAAGCUUCUGAAAGACGGGGAGGCGCUGAGCCAGCGCCUGGAGGAAAAGGCGCUGGCCUACGACAAGCUGGAGAAGACCAAGAACCGCCUGCAGCAGGAGCUGGACGACCUGAUGGUGGACCUGGACCACCAGCGCCAGAUCGUCUCCAACCUGGAGAAGAAGCAGAAGAAGUUUGACCAGUUGCUGGCAGAAGAGAAGAACAUCUCUGCUCGCUACGCGGAAGAGCGGGACCGCGCUGAAGCGGAGGCCAGAGAGAAAGAAACCAAAGCCCUGUCGCUGGCCCGCGCCCUCGAGGAGGCCCUGGAGGCCAAGGAGGAGUUCGAGAGGCAGAACAAGCAGCUCCGGGCAGACAUGGAAGACCUGAUGAGCUCCAAGGACGACGUGGGCAAGAAUGUUCAUGAACUUGAAAAAUCCAAGCGGGCCCUGGAGCAGCAGGUGGAAGAAAUGAGGACCCAGCUGGAAGAGCUGGAGGACGAGCUCCAGGCCACGGAGGACGCCAAGCUGCGCCUGGAGGUCAACAUGCAGGCCAUGAAGGCCCAGUUCGAGAGGGACUUGCAGACCAGGGACGAGCAGAAUGAAGAGAAAAAGCGGCUGCUGAUUAAGCAGGUGCGGGAGCUCGAGGCAGAGCUGGAGGACGAGCGGAAGCAGCGUGCGCUUGCUGUUGCUUCAAAGAAGAAAAUGGAAAUAGACUUGAAGGACCUGGAAUCUCAAAUUGAGGCUGCAAACAAGGCUAGGGAUGAAGUCAUCAAGCAGCUUCGUAAACUUCAGGCUCAGAUGAAGGAUUACCAGCGUGAGUUAGAAGAAGCUCGUGCCUCCAGGGAUGAGAUUUUUGCUCAAUCCAAAGAGAGUGAAAAGAAAUUAAAGAGUCUAGAAGCGGAAAUCCUUCAAUUGCAGGAGGAACUUGCCUCGUCCGAGCGAGCCCGCCGACAUGCUGAGCAAGAAAGAGACGAGCUGGCGGAUGAGAUCGCGAACAGCGCCUCUGGCAAGUCUGCUCUGCUGGAUGAGAAGCGGCGCCUGGAGGCACGAAUCGCACAGCUCGAGGAGGAGCUGGAGGAGGAGCAGAGCAACAUGGAGCUGCUCAACGACCGCUUCCGCAAGACCACGCUCCAGGUGGACACACUGAAUGCAGAGCUGGCGGCCGAGCGCAGUGCUGCCCAGAAGAGUGACAAUGCGCGCCAGCAGCUGGAGCGGCAGAACAAGGAGCUGAAGGCCAAGCUGCAGGAGCUAGAGGGUGCUGUCAAGUCCAAGUUUAAGGCCACCAUCUCGGCCCUGGAAGCCAAGAUUGGGCAGCUGGAGGAGCAGCUUGAGCAGGAGGCCAAGGAACGAGCAGCAGCCAACAAACUGGUCCGACGAACGGAGAAGAAACUGAAAGAAAUCUUCAUGCAGGUUGAAGAUGAGCGUCGACAUGCAGAUCAGUAUAAAGAACAGAUGGAGAAGGCCAAUGCCAGGAUGAAGCAGCUUAAACGGCAGCUGGAGGAAGCGGAAGAAGAAGCUACACGUGCCAAUGCAUCUCGGCGUAAACUCCAGCGGGAACUGGAUGAUGCCACCGAGGCCAACGAGGGGCUGAGCCGUGAGGUCAGCACCCUGAAGAACCGGCUGAGGCGAGGCGGCCCAAUCAGCUUCUCUUCGAGCCGAUCUGGCCGGCGCCAGCUGCACAUCGAAGGAGCUUCCCUAGAGCUGUCAGACGAUGACACCGAAAGCAAGACCAGUGAUGUCAAUGAGACACAGCCACCCCAGUCGGAGUAGGGUCACCGGAAGCCAGUGGAGGCAAUACAGUGGGACACGAAGGAACGCACCCGGCACCAGCCUGCCUCGGGCCUCCUACAGAUUAGGAAGUUGGCAAGCCACGGGACUCCUUACUGCAAGAUCAACUGUGUCUUAAGGCUUUCCAGCCUACACAUACUGUAUCCUGCUUCAGAUUUAGGUACAAUUGCUCCCCUUUUUAUAUAUAUACAUACACAGAACAUGCACAUAUUAAACAGACUGUCUCAUCAUUGCAUCUAUUUUCCAUAUAUUCAUCAAGAGACCAUUUUAUAAUACAUGUUAAGAAGAGAACCCUUUUUCAAACAAACUCCAGACCCUUGUUGCCAGUCGCUGGGUAUUGGGGCAGCCCCGUGGUUGUUGCUCGGUCGCUCUGCAUGCUCUCUGUCACACAGACAGGUAACUUAGCUGUGUUCAUGUGGCCCCCAACUCCUCAGCCACAUCAAUUCUCUUAGAACAUUGUGGAACCUAAACUGCACUUGUAUCUCAUUUCCUUCAAAUAACGAUCAACACUAUUUCAGCGAGCAAACUGUGAAAGGGGCUUUUUGGAAAGAUUAGGAGGGGUGGGAUGGAUUGGGGAAGCAGCAUUCAUUGGGGAUUACCAUGCCGUCUCGCUCGAGUUGGUGGUAUCCCCUCGUCUCUUCGUGUGAACUGUCCUUGGCCAGGGCUGGUCUGUGCAUAGAAAGGAUAGGAGCCGCCAUGCCGCUGAAGCCCCAGUGGCAGCAAUCACGUCGACGCCCGGAUGGUCUCCUGAACCCCUGGCUCUGCCAGUGUGCGCCUCGCUUCAGGAACAAGAGCUGUGGGCGCCUAAGCAGGAGUCAGUGGGAGGCCCUCCCUUGCCAGCCAGGCCCCUGUGCUGACCUUACAAAUUCAGCCGCUGCUUUGAGCCCAAAAUGGGAACAUUGGUUUUGUGUCCAAGACUUGUUCCAAGUUUGUUGAUGAGGUUAUCGACCCUCAAGAACAGAUGCCAUCUGCCUGAAUGUUGACAUGCCAGUGGAUGUGAAUCCCUUUUCAUUUUCCCGUUCCCUCCCCUCUGGACAGUGUUAACAGUGAACAUUUAACAUUCUGUUUUUGGUUGAUAGGUAAGCAAACUGACAUUACAGAAAGUGCCUUAGACACUACAGCACUAAGACAACGUUAAAUAUAUUAUUUGCCUCUGUAACAAUUUAAUGUAUUAAGUUUUGACUGUGCUUCAUAUCAUGUACCUCUCUAGUCAAAGUGGUAUUACCAACAUUCAGUGACAAUGAAUCAGUGUUAAGUACAAAUCCCUGAUCCUCUGCAAUGUGCUUGAAAACACAAACCUUUUGGGUUAAAAGCUUUAACAUCUUUAGGAAGAACUUGUCAUGUGGGUUUGGAACCUUUGAUUUUACCCCGUUAUGAACUGUACUGGCUGUUGACCACCAGACACCUGACUGCAAAUAUCUUUUCUUGUAUUCCCAUAUUUCUAGACAAUGAUUUUUGUAAGACAAUAAAUUUAUUCAUUAUAGAUAUUUACGCCUGCUCUAUUUACUUGGAGGAAAAAGCACCCAUUAAGAAUAAACAGACCUCAAUAAAUGAGAAUAAUCA